AAAUAUUGGUAGCUAAUAAGGAUCGUGUAGUUGAUAUAUUUCAAGAAUUCGUUACAUCAGAUGAAGAUGGAGUAUUAGAAUGGGGAAAUUAUUAUAUAAAGCUAUGGAGAUUAGCAUCUUUAAAUUAUAAUUAUUCAAAUAUUGCUGAAGAAGAUUAG